AUGACGACGUACUUCAUCGCCCAUGUCUUGCUUAUACGCUUCGUUUGUCUCGCGGGGCUCGCGGAUCUCGCUUCAGCAGACGACGGAGACGACUUUGCCAACAACCUCAUAACUGAUCUAGGCCCGAUCCUCGCCCUUUUUGGGGAGCGUGUCACUAUGCAGUUUAUGAGCAGGUCGCUGGGCUGGGCCGAUAACAUCCUUUUAGCAAUGGCACCGCUUGGCAUCAUUACCAUCAUCGUCGCCGCCAUCAGGGUUGGCGGUCAAGGAUGGAUGAAGGCCGUAAUCGGGAGAAGCAGGGAGACGUUGGGAAGCGCCGAGAUGGAGUUAAUGUCUUCAACCUCCCGUGAAGUGUGCGAACUUUGGAACGGCGAGAAUUUGGUUCGGGUCAUGGGAGAGGCCCCGGUUCGGGAGUUUGUCUUCCUUGAAGCAUCAGACCCCAAAAGCGCCAAACUUGUGUCCGCCGAGCUUUCUUCCAUGGCUUGUGAGAAGGGACGCCAGGUUGGGGGGAGAGACUUCCGACUUGUUCAGCCACACAUUUUGGAACCCAUUCCUCUCGAACUUCCAAAACCCAAAGAACUUCCAAAACCCAAAGAUUCCUUCAUCAUAUCCGACACGUCGGACGACGCCCCAAAUAUCGGCCUCAAUAUAUAUGGCCACCGUAAUAAUGGCGAACUCUGGUUUUUGGCUGUGUUUGGCAUCAUCCUCCAAGUCGGAGUCCUCAUGUUCGGAGGGUACACUGCAUACACACCAUCGGAUCGGUUUUUGAGGGAUGGCGCAUCCGCCAGCGCUUACGCUUUCCCAUGCACUGCCGUUGGGUCACUCCUCUUAGUUUCUGGACUGAUUUUGUGUUCUCACGUGGUCGAGUCGAGAACGAAUGAGAAUAGGUACCUCUUGGAGGCCCCGGCGAGGAUUGUGUGGCUCCAGAGAGCGGCAACGGUCAACGACCAAGUCUUCGAUUCGUACGCAUUGUAUAUGGACCAGAAGCCUCUAAAGCUCAUGACAUCUCGACUUGACACGAACCAACAAGCUCGUUCUGACAUUGGUGCAGAUAACGACACCGACGAAAAGCGCAAAUUUCGAGGCACGAUACUGAAGUCUUGGACUCUCCGAGAACUCAAAACCGCAGCGGGGGUCUUAGUCAGUCUUUGCGGCUUCCUCGUUCAGUUCAUAGGCCUUCGUGGCAUGCACUGGACGGUUACAAUUGCUCAGCUUGUGGCGACAAUGGUAAUGACGGCGAUAAGGGUUUGGGUGCGUCGAGAAUCAAGCCCUUCCGUCACGACGGUGCAUUCGAGGCUUUUGGACAAAGGGUUCGAGCUCGACUGGCUUGCUUUGAGCCUGGGAAAUAAGGGGGCUUCCCGGUGGCCGAGCAGGAGUGGAGAUUUUAGGUCUUGGGAUGGACGGGUGGCAACAGCAAAUUGCCGCCAUAAAGAGGCUCACGGAGAGGAACAGGAAGAGGAACAGACAGAGGAACAGAAAGAGGAACGGAAAAAGGAAGAACAAAGACAGCCAGCGCUUGUGAACGAUGAAACUGGUGGUCCCAUUUGGGAUCCCAAGCAAAUCGUGGAAGCCCGAAAAUCCAUGGCAAAUCUAGCUAGAUGGCCUGGGGUUGCGUCUGCCGAGGCAGUGGCGCUCGCCACUGCAAUAGAGCUUACGCUGCAUGCACUGCCGCCUACUAUCCAGGACCAGAACGGCAAGAAUUUCUCCUGGAGAUUGCCAACUCAUAACGGCAGUGGGGAGAUUGAAAUAAUGGCCACAAGGGUAGGGUCGCAGUGGACCAUGUUGACUGAUGGCCUUGACGCCGUGCUAUCGUUAUGGCUUUAUUCUGUCAAUAACCAGGAAAAGAAUUAUGGAUCAAAAGGACGGGGAUUAAGUUCGGGAAGACCAGACGCCUGGACGCCGGCUAUGGCAGGCUCUCUCAAGCCCUCUCUCGUCCUUUUGGGCCUAGACUCCAGUGAACUACGCCAUGGCAUCGAACGGUGGAUCCCUCGUGGUCCAAAGUAUAUCCGUGUUAAACCUAAGAUUAGGCGCGCAGCGGAUAGGGUUUCUCUAGAAGGUGAGCCCGCCGAAGAGGAGGCUGACUCGCCCAAUGGCACGUUGCAUGUACAGGCACACCGGGUUGUCGGGUGUGGGCUCGGGGCUCCGGAUACCGAUACAUACCACCGACUAGAUUAUGCCGGGAAGCCCAACAGUUCUCAGCUUCUCGCACUAGAGUCACAGAUGCAAUUAAAUGUCCUCUACGCACAGGACAUAUUCUCGGCAUUCAUGUGGCACCUGGCUAGUCAUACCCCACUCCUAUCGGGCUGCGAAGGGUGGAAUGCCGAUACGGGCUUUCCAAUGAGAGCUGGACGUGACACAGACGUCAUGUUUCGGACCCCUGUUCUCUCUAGCUUGGCCCAGGACCUCCAACGAAGUGGUCUGUUCAAUAUCGAACAAGCCUACCAGAAUAUCAUCCCGCCCCUCUCUGUGAAACGGAGACUCCCCCAAGGGGAGACCCUGACUACGGAAGUAUGGAAAAGUGCAAUGGAAGCCCAUAGAUCGGGCCGUUAUGACGACGCUGCUAUCCUCGUGCAAUGGAUUCUAGAUAUCGCUGGUCUCUUCCCUGAAGUCAGUGCCGUUGCCAUCCAUGCCAUGGCCGCGGCGAGAAUCUAUUACCACGAACUUGUUUUCGCCAAUUACGCAAUGCGCUUCGUAUACAAUCAGAAUCGGCACGCAUUAUAUCCGAUCCCUUGUCCUAAAAAACUUCGCAUUAUCGCUCUCAGUGAGACGCUUCAGCGUCGUCACGACAGCAAGACCCAUCACACCCUUACAACGCUGAGAUCAUGGCAAUCGCCCCCAAAACACGAUGAUGGCGAAGCUUCGGGCAGAAAAAGCAUGUCUGAUGUGGAACGAGUGGCGUGCCAAUAUAGCGAACUACACGCCGCCGUUGUGAGUAAUUCUCCAGAGGGAGCCCGAGCCAUCACCCGCCGGGCACCAGCUUCCCUUAAUCGGGCAGAUAUUGUUGGGUGGACACCGCUUCAUUACGCGGCUGCAUUAGUAUCUGCCGACGAAGAUGCAUUCUUUGAGUCAGCUAUCCAAAUUGUUGAGAAAGAGAACAGGCUGGAACCAGUUUCCAAAAGGUCAAUUUCCGCCCAAGACCUGCGGGGGUGGACACCAUUGCAUUAUGCCGCUCAAAAUCCCAAUGGAGAGGGUGUGACAGACUUUUUGCUCGAGUAUGGGGCGGACCAUGCAUGUACGGGAUACGACGGCUCGACGCCGCUUCACUGUGCAGCCGAGGCCGGCAUCGCGGCAAAUAUCGACAUAUUAGCGUUCUGGGGAGCCAGCUACGAUGUCCGAGAUGUGAUGGGCUUUACGCCACUGCACAGAGCUAUCAUCAAAGGCCAUUUUGAAGCCGCGGAAGCUCUCUGGGGACAUAUGCCGAUAAAGGCUAAAAUGGGCGGAGUUGUGGAAACACGAAACUACUAUCACUUUGCGGCAUGGUACGGAAGGGACGACAUUCUCAAGUUGAUAUACAACGACGACGACAAAGUUCCGGGUAUCAAUGCCAAAGACACAAACGGGAGCGCGCCAAUACAUUUGGCAGUUGCAAGUAAUGCCGGUAAUGCUGUUCAUGUCAUUGAAACCAUGAUUGAGCUUAAGAGAAUCAACGACUUGAAGGACGAACGCUCGAAAAUGGAAGAUAUCGACCUAAUGGCGACGGAUAGGAGUGGGCAUACGGCUCUGGCCCUUGCCAUUGCGCUUUCGGUUGACGAAGUUAGGAUAAUUCUUGAGAAUGCGGGUCUCGGGCUGUGA